UACACAAACGGUUGAAUCACAGCGCUUGUAAAUGGGCUAAAUUAUCCCAAAAUGAAUAUGAAGUUUGUGGUUCUUUCGGUCCAUUUUAGUAGGAUUACUGACGCCGCUCGGCAAGUACAGUAAUUCGAUAAAUGAACAACAUUUUUUCCAGUAAUAGACUUUUUUCUCAGUCAAAUAAUGUCAGCAAGUCGAAGAAACUUCAGAGCAUGUACUUCGAAAAUGUUCUCUACAAACUGGGAAAAUUUAACAAGCAAAUUCAAAAUUCAAAAGUUUCUCUAGCUUUUAGCUAAGAGUACGCAUGCAACGGUUAUUUCGUCGGGGCUCUUGGGGGGGGGGGGCAAUAGCUUUAAAAAUUGGAGACACUUUUUAAAAUGUUUUUCACAAAAUAAGACAUUGCAGACUUUGUCACAAUGAGAUAUGAAUCUUUUUCCCUAAAAAAGGACCGUUUAUUAACUAGACAGUUUUUCGGGUAAAAGUUUUGUACAGGGUUGGUAAAAGUGAGGUAGAGCUGAAACAACAAACGAUAUAAAAUCGAAUUAUAUACCAAAUUAAUGUCCAUCUAAAAUGGGAGUGAUGAGUAUAAUUGAUAUUUCGUAGGACGAUUAUUGGCUGUAGAAUUAUGGAAGUUUCUAUCGCGUGCGUCAUAAUAAUAAUUAAAUUCGGGGUGUAGUGAUGCUUUCAGUAAAAGUCUCAUAACUUCAUCAAAACAAAAGCUUUUUCGAUUGGGUUUGUUUUGUUUUGAUCAGAAAUGAUUGCUUUUUUAUUGCUAUCUGCAAAAUCAAAACUUUGAUCAUAUUUUCCAUUUCUUCCUUGGGCACAUUGUUGAAAACGGGAAGAAGUUUGGAAACUUCGUUCUCCAGCAUACCAUCUGCUCUAAAACUCUUGUUUUACAGGCCAAGUGAAAAACAUAUUCAAAAGUACAAAAAGAACCAAGUGUUCACUUUUACUACACUUUUUACGGAAAUGACAGCAGAAGAAAAAAGUUCAAGUCGAAAAAAAUACCAAAUAUACAAAGUUUUCAGUUUUUCCGCCUUUCGCAUAAUUUAAGUAGUUUUCUUGAUUGAAGUUCUAAAACUAAAGUUUGAGUCCGGUUUUGUAGAGUAUUUCAUGGCGCAUAUUUUAAAAAACACUAAUCUUAGGAUCCUAAACGAACACAAGAAAGAUAGGAAAUACUCAGAGCCUCAUUCAUUAUGAGACGAGCGAUAGAAACUUCCAUAAUUCUAUAGCUCAUAAUCAACCUAUGGAUUACCAGUUAUACCCGUUAAUCCCGUUUUCAAUCAGCUUUUAUUUGAUAUAUAAUUCAGUUCUAUAUCAUUUGUCGCUGGAGCUAUGCCCUCUAGCAAAAGGUUAUGCCCAACCCUGAACAAAAAAUAGAAUUAAACAUGUAGCUGAGUAGAGAGAGAUAAGAAGUUUAGCGAAUUGUGAGACUUGACAAGCAGAUAGUAUAAUUGGAUACUAAUUAAUUUGUUCAUAUAUUUUCUUUUUCACAGAUAAUUUCCCAGUUCCAAGUGUUCAUCCUGAACAAACAAAGUGGUUUUAUGAUGAUACAUGUAAAUCAGAACCACCUUUUAAUCCUACACCACUUGAAGGCUGUGUUCGUUGUCACUGUUCCAGAACAGUUAAUAUUGAUUGUAUUACUGCAUUAAAGCAACAUAUUGGUUCGGUUAACGUAUCCUUUCACUUCACACGUUUAGCGUGGAAUCGGGUGUUAGCUGAUCAGAUACGUAAAAAAAGUGAUCCACCAUCAACUCAGCAUCCAUCUGAUACUGAUCAAAAAAUGCUUAUCAGCGGUUUAGCAAGUACGUUGGUACAAUAUAAAUAUUUUGAUAAUGCUUCAUGUGAAUUGAAAGAACCCUGUAUUGGUGGCACAGGAUGGAGAAGGUUAUUAUUAUUUGAUUCAAGUGAUGAAAAUAUAGGUGGAGUUAAUUUAAUAAUUGGUCAAAUCUAUAUAAUCUUAGAUAAUGGCACACAACAACCAAAUGUAGUUGCAAAUCAUGGUUUAUAUCAAUAUGACCCAUGCCAUAGACAUUAUCAUUUUAAAUAUUAUGGAACAUUUACAUUUGGUAACUCAAAAUUUCAGAAUGCGAAACGCGGCUUUUGUAUUCAAUCAACUGGUCGUCAAGCGAAUGCGGAAUGGAGUCCACUUUGGUCUCCUUUUUAUAAUUGUACAUAUCAAGGUAACAGUGCUGGUUGGACAGACACUUAUCAAGCAGGUAUUCCAUGCCAAUGGAUUGAUGUAACUAAUUAUAAUACGAAAGCAUCGGCAGUUCAUGAUUCGUUAAAAGCAAAUAUGAAUCCAGAUAAAAUGUUAUGUGAAGGCAAAUUAGUAUUAGAUUCUGCUGGUCAACAGAUUUGGGUAGCAACUAAGUUUCGAGCUGUUGAUAAUCAAACUGUAUAUAAACCAAAAUGUAUCAUUGGUACUAAUCCGUCAACAUUAAAAAAUAACGUGGACGAAGUUCGCGUUGCCCUANAUUAUAAUACGAAAGCAUCGGCAGUUCAUGAUUCGUUAAAAGCAAAUAUGAAUCCAGAUAAAAUGUUAUGUGAAGGCAAAUUAGUAUUAGAUUCUGCUGGUCAACAGAUUUGGGUAGCAACUAAGUUUCGAGCUGUUGAUAAUCAAACUGUAUAUAAACCAAAAUGUAUCAUUGGUACUAAUCCGUCAACAUUAAAAAAUAACGUGGACGAAGUUCGCGUUGCCCUACCACGGGAUGGAAAUGGUUAUGUUACUGCAAAAUGUGCACCAGCUGGCCAACAUAUUGGUUCACAAAGAAAUUGUGGAUUUACUAUGAAAUCAUCUGUUGGAAACUGUACACCAGGAAAACAAACUGUACUUCGUUGUUCAUUACAAAGUAAAAGUAAUACAGGAAAUCGUCAAGCAUUAGUUUCGCAAGUGGUUCGAAUAUGCGAAAGUUCAGCUGUGUUACAUACUGGUACAGCGUGUGAUUAUGAUACAUCUUUGGCCAAUGUGGUAUUACCCGCACCAUCCAAGGGCCCUAUUCAAACUACCACUGUAAAAUUUACUUGCCCUAACUAUCGUGAUCCAAAAGAAAAGGGCGGUUUAUAUUCUAUGUACACCGCACCCAUUAUGGAAAACAUAGCCGAUGGUAAUACAAAUAUUGUAUGCCAUCUUUAA